GUCAAUAGAUGUUACGUGUCCACCUACAUAAAAUAAAAAGAAAGAAGUGUAAGCAACAAACAUCUUCCCAAGGGAGAUAGAUAGAUAUAGAGAAUUAGAGAGAGCGGCGGAGAGGUUAUAGAAGCAAAGGUUUUGUGAAUGGAGUCGAGCAAGGAUGUGGAGGUUCUGACCAGAGCCAUCGAGAAACUUAUUGAUGAGAAGAAGAAUAGAGAAGCUGCCGGUGAAUCCUUUCUUGAGGAUGAUGACGAUCAGAUUUUGCUGUCUAGGAUCAUCUCUCAGCUGGAAUCACCAAAUCCAUUCCAAAAAGUAGUUGAGACUACCAAAGAAGAAGAAGAAGAACCAUCGAUAGAUUCUUCUUCAUCAUCUAAAGGAAAAGGCGUGGACCAGAGAGAGUUGGAAGAGAGUGUAAAAGAAAUAGCUAAGGACAUCAAGGAGGUGAAGAGGCAGAACAAAGUAACCCACAUGCUACUCUCUGCUUUGAUCAUCCUGACAUUGACUUGGCAGCUCUCUGAAUACUCAAUGAUUUACAUGAUGAAAGAGAGGUUAAGCCACCCAAUCAAGUCCAUCGGAGGUAUGUUUUCUGGGAUGUUUAAAGGUAAGUUAGGUCCUAUCAAGAACAAACUAUCCAACGCCAAUGACGAAGACAAUCAUCAGAAUGGGAAUGGAACAAACACUGGAGUUCAUAUCCAAGUACCCGAGCUGUUGCGAGACAUUGGUUUCGACGAUGAUGACCAAUGA